UUAAUAAUUAAAUAUAGAAUGAUAUUUUGACAUUUGGGAGCUAGUAAUUAAAUAUAGAAUGAUAUUUGGGAACCCAUCCAAUAGUAUACAUUCGAGUAAUUAUUAAUUCAUUAAAAAAAUUACAGCUUUAAAGUUAUUAGUAAUUACGAUCUUUAAUCAAAAGAUUAAUCUCGACAUACUAAUUAUAGUAAGUAAUCACAAUGACAACAAAACCUUCCACUAGUUUCCUUAACGAGAGAUCUCUCUCCUCUCUCUAUCCUCAUCAUCAAUGGCGUUUCUCUCCUCCUCUUCGCCGACGAUGCAGAAAGGAAUAUUCGUGAGCGUGCCGGUGCUUGUACUCUCCGUUUCCUUCGCAGCUGCUGUCUUCUUCCUCCUCUCCUCUUCCCUCUCCUCGUCCUCAUGCUCCUGUCCUCCAUCUCUAUCUUCUUCGAACGUAGUCGGUGGAAGCGUUAGUGACGUGAGGUUAGAGGAGAGGAUAUCGACGACGAGAGAGGAUAUAGAGUGGGUUAGGGAUCUGAUUAGAUCCAACGGUUUGCAUAUGCAGAAGAAUGAGCUCAGGAAAGGGAUUAAUCCUCGCACUAGAGAUCAACAACUCGCAGAUCUUAAACAGUACAAGGGUAUAUCUCAUUACGAAGGAGAAGAAGCAAACAACCACACAGCUCUUCCAUGCCCUGGCGAGUUACUAGUCGAGCAGCACCACAGCAACUACGGCGAGCCAUGGGCAGGCGGCCGCGACGUAUUCGAGUUCUUAGCCGAAUCCUCCAAUCUCAAACCAAACUCUCGCGUCCUCGAAAUCGGAUGCGGCACUUUACGCGUGGGUCUGCAUUUCAUCCGCUACCUCAAUCCCUCACACUUCCACUGCCUCGAAAAGGACGAGCUUUCUCUAAUGGCUGCUCUGAGAUACGAGCUUCCCUCUCAAGGUCUUUUGCACAAACGACCUCUUAUACUCAGAGGAGAAGACAUGGAGUUCAGCAAGUUCGGCUCGGGUGUAAGCUAUGAUCUUAUAUACGCGAGUGCGGUCUUUCUCCAUAUGCCUGAUAAGCUCGUGUGGGCGGGACUCGAGAGGCUGGUGGAGAAGUUGAAGCCUUAUGAAGGGAGGAUCUUUGUGUCGCAUAACGUGAAGUUUUGUUCGAGGUUAGGUGGAGACGAGUGUGGGAAGAAGCUAGCGAGUUUGGGGCUUGAGUAUCUUGGUAAACAGACGCAUGAUAGUUUGUUGUUUAAUCAUUACGAGAUUUGGUUUGGGUUUAGACGGUUAAGACCAUAAAAAAGAUUGUCGGAAGUACUUGAAGGAGUACUGUGGUCGGAGAGAUACAUGUAAUGUUCAUAAACAUAUUGUUUUCAUAUCUUUAGAGUUGUUAUCAUUUGUUUGUUUGUUGUUAA